ACAGAAAAUUAUCUAGUUCUGUGUUGUUUUAUCUUUGCAGUUAAUGUAAAAUGGGGAAAAGAGAAAUUCGAUGGCGUAGAGUUGAAUACUGAUGAACCUCCAAUGGUAUUCAAGGCACAGCUUUUUGCAUUGACUGGAGUUCAGCCAGCCAGACAAAAAGUUAUGUUGAAAGGAGGAACUCUGAAGGAUGAAGAAUGGGGCAACAUCAAAAUAAAGAAUGGGAUGACCUUAUUAAUGAUGGGUUCUGCAGAUGCACUGCCUGAGGAACCAGUAGCUCGACCUGUCUUUGUAGAAGAUAUGACAGAGGAACAGUUAGCCUCAGCUAUGGAAUUACCAUGUGGUUUGACAAACCUUGGCAACACUUGUUACAUGAAUGCUACAGUUCAGUGUAUCCGUUCUGUGCCAGAAGUGAAAGAGGCCCUUAAGAGAUAUGCUGGUGCCUUGAGAGCUUCAGGAGAGAUGGCAUCUGCUCAGUAUAUUACUGCAGCUCUUAGAGAUUUGUUUGAUUCUAUGGAUAAAACUUCCUCCAGUAUCCCACCCAUCAUUCUCCUGCAAUUUUUACACAUGGCUUUCCCACAGUUUGCAGAGAAAGGAGAUCAAGGCCAGUACCUUCAACAGGAUGCCAAUGAAUGCUGGGUACAAAUGAUGAGAGUACUACAGCAAAAGCUUGAAGGAGUAGAAGGUGAUGCUGUUAUGGAGACAGACUCAGGAGCUCCAGCAGCAGCUUCUAAAAAGAAGAGUUUAAUUGAUCAGUUCUUCAGCGUUGAAUUUGAAACGGUCAUGAAAUGUACAGAAGCAGAAGAGGAAGAUGUAACUAAAGGAAAAGAAAAUCUGCUUCAGCUUAGCUGCUUUAUCAAUCAAGAAGUUAAAUAUCUUUUUACGGGACUCAAAUUGCGUCUUCAAGAUGAAAUCACCAAACUCUCUCCAACACUGCAGAGAAAUGCUCUCUACAUCAAAUCUUCCAAGAUCAGUCGCUUGCCUGCCUACCUGACUAUUCAGAUGGUUCGAUUUUUUUACAAAGAGAAAGAAUCUGUGAAUGCCAAAGUUCUCAAGGAUGUUAAAUUUCCUCUUAUGUUGGAUGUGUAUGAACUUUGUACACCAGAACUUCAAGAAAAAAUGGUCCCAUAUCGGUCAAAAUUCAAGGACCUAGAAGACAAAAAAGUAAAUCAACAGCCAAAGAAUUCUAGCAAAGGUGAUGGGGUACAGAAAGAAGUUAAAUAUGAACCAUUUUCCUUUCCUGAUGAUACUGGUUCCAACAACUGUGGUUAUUACGACCUGCAAGCAGUACUAACACAUCAGGGAAGAUCUAGUUCCUCUGGUCACUAUGUAUCAUGGGUUAAAAGGAAACAAGAUGAAUGGAUCAAGUUUGAUGAUGACAAAGUCAGCAUUGUCACACCUGAAGACAUUCUGAGGUUAUCUGGGGGUGGAGACUGGCAUAUAGCUUAUGUUCUACUCUACGGGCCUCGCAGAAUUGAAGUAAUUGAAGAUGAAGCUGAACAGUAGUCUUCAUUUUUUGUCAUUUCUGCCUAGGUGUGAAAUAAAUGAUUACUGAUGAUUUCUUUAACCCCAGUGCUUUAACAAUGGAGAUGUACUUUUGUUCAAACCAUUCUUACGUGAAGAGGGAAAUUAUUUUAAACCAAUUUGUGUACCAAAAAACAAUUAGUCAUUGCUGGACUGUGCUGCCACUGUGUUGGCAAUAACACUUAAACAAUUUUGAUGUCUUGCAGAAGGAUAUUUUCUUUAAAAAACAAAAAACAAAUCUAAAAUGGUGGCUCUAAAUGUACCUCCUCCUGUCCCUUCUUCAUCCCCUCUAAUUUCAUCAACCAGAUAUUUAUUACACACCUAUUCUUACAUCAUUUGUUGCUCUUGCAUGGUUUAUACCACAGUUCAAUAGCUGUCCAUCCUUUACCUUGCCUGACUUUUGCCAGGAAGGUAGAAGAGAUAUUGUUGCCUCGUUAUGUAACUCAGUGCUGCUGCCCACAGCCAACAACCAUGGCUACAAUCAAGUAUUUGUCCAGCCUGACCUGCUGACUCAGUCUGUUCUGUUGCUGGCAUUUCAUGACUUUAAAAUAAAUUGUGAUCAAUAACAAA